AGGUGGUUACUGGACAGUGACUGUGGGAGGAAGGAGUGGGUAGCGAAGGGUAAUAAUCAAGAGAGGAUACGUCGUGUGUGUGCGUGAGAGAUUGUGGUUCAAGGAAUGUGAAGAUGACCAAAUUGAAGCUAUCAAACUCCAGCCACCCUCCUUCCCCUUGUUCUCAGGCCCUCCACGGCCCCAGUGUACUGUACCCCCCUUCCCCUUGUUCUCAGGCCCUCCACGGCCCCAGUGUACUGUACCCUCCUUCCCCUUGUUCUCAGGCCCUCCACGGCCCCAGUGUACUGUACCCUCCUUCCCCUUGUUCUCAGCCCCUCCACGGCCCCAGUGUACUGUACCCCCCUUCCCCUUGUUCUCAGCCCCUCCACGGCCCCAGUGUACUGUACCCUCCUUCCCCUUGUUCUCAGCCCCUCCACGGCCCCAGUGUACUGUACCCCUCCUUCCCCUUGUUCUCAGCCCCUCCACGGCCCCAGUGUACUGUACCCUCCUUCCCCUUGUUCUCAGGCCCUCCACGGCCCCAGUGUACUGUACCCCCCUUCCCCUUGUUCUCAGCCCCUCCACGGCCCCAGUGUACUGUACCCUCCUUCCCCUUGUUCUCAGCCCCUCCACGGCCCCAGUGUACUGUACCCUCCUUCCCCUUGUUCUCAGCCCCUCCACGGCCCCAGUGUACUGUACCCUCCUUCCCCUUGUUCUCAGGCCCUCCACGGCCCCAGUGUACUGUACCCCCCUUCCCCUUGUUCUCAGCCCCUCCACGGCCCCAGUGUACUGUACCCCCCUUCCCCUUGUUCUCAGGCCCUCCACGGCCCCAGUGUACUGUACCCUCCUUCCCCUUGUUCUCAGGCCCUCCACGGCCCCAGUGUACUGUACCCCCCUUCCCCUUGUUCUCAGGCCCUCCACGCCCCCAGUGUACUGUACCCUCCUUCCCCUUGUUCUCAGCCCCUCCACGCCCCCAGUGUACUGUACCCCCCUUCCCCUUGUUCUCAGGCCCUCCACGCCCCCAGUGUACUGUACCCCCCUUCCCCUUGUUCUCAGGCCCUCCACGGCCCCAGUGUACUGUACCCCCCUUCCCCUUGUUCUCAGGCCCUCCACGCCCCCAGUGUACUGUACCCUCCUUCCCCUUGUUCUCAGGCCCUCCACGCCCCCAGUGUACUGUACCUCCCUUCCCCUUGUUCUCAGGCCCUCCACGCCCCCAGUGUACUGUACCCUCCUUCCCCUUGUUCUCAGGCCCUCCACGCCCCCAGUGUACUGUACCUCCCUUCCCCUUGUUCUCAGGCCCUCCACGCCCCCAGUGUACUGUACCCUCCUUCCCCUUGUUCUCAGCCCCUCCACGCCCCCAGUGUACUGUACCCCCCUUCCCCUUGUUCUCAGGCCCUCCACGGCCCCAGUGUACUGUACCCCCCUUCCCCUUGUUCUCAGCCCCUCCACGGCCCCAGUGUACUGUACCCUCCUUCCCCUUGUUCUCAGCCCCUCCACGGCCCCAGUGUACUGUACCUCCCUUCCCCUUGUUCUCAGGCCCUCCACGGCCCCAGUGUACUGUACCCCCCUUCCCCUUGUUCUCAGGCCCUCCACGGCCCCAGUGUACUGUACCCCCCUUCCCCUUGUUCUCAGGCCCUCCACGGCCCCAGUGUACUGUACCCCCCCUUCCCCUUGUUCUCAGCCCCUCCACGGCCCCAGUGUACUGUACCCCUCCUUCCCCUUGUUCUCAGGCCCUCCACGGCCCCAGUGUACUGUACCCCUCUUUCCCUUGUUCUCAGCCCCUCCACGGCCCCAGUGUACUGUACCUCCCUUCCCCUUGUUCUCAGCCCCUCCACGGCCCCAGUGUACUGUACCCCUCCUUCCCCUUGUUCUCAGCCCCUCCACGGCCCCAGUGUACUGAACCCUCCUUCCCCUUGUUCUCAGGCCCUCCACGGCCCCAGUGUACUGAACCCUCCUUCCCCUUGUUCUCAGCCCCUCCACGGCCCCAGUGUACUGUACCCCCCUUCCCCUUGUUCUCAGGCCCUCCACGGCCCCAGUGUACUGUACCCCCCUUCCCCUUGUUCUCAGGCCCUCCACGGCCCCAGUGUACUGUACCCCCCUUCCCCUUGUUCUCAGGCCCUCCACGGCCCCAGUGUACUGUACCCUCCUUCCCCUUGUUCUCAGCCCCUCCACGGCCCCAGUGUACUGAACCCUCCUUCCCCUUGUUCUCAGCCCCUCCACGGCCCCAGUGUACUGUACCCCCCCUUCCCCUUGUUCUCAGGCCCUCCACGGCCCCAGUGUACUGUACCCCCCUUCCCCUUGUUCUCAGGCCCUCCACGGCCCCAGUGUACUGUACCCCCCUUCCCCUUGUUCUCAGCCCCUCCACGGCCCCAGUGUACUGUACCCUCCUUCCCCUUGUUCUCAGGCCCUCCACGGCCCCAGUGUACUGUACCCCCCCUUCCCCUUGUUCUCAGCCCCUCCACGGCCCCAGUGUACUGAACCCCCCUUCCCCUUGUUCUCAGGCCCUCCACGGCCCCAGUGUACUGUAUCCCCCUUCCCCUUGUUCUCAGCCCCUCCACGGCCCCAGUGUACUGAACCCCCCUUCCCCUUGUUCUCAGCCCCUCCACGGCCCCAGUGUACUGAACCCCCCUUCCCCUUGUUCUCAGGCCCUCCACGGCCCCAGUGUACUGUACCCCCCCUUCCCCUUGUUCUCAGCCCCUCCACGGCCCCAGUGUACUGAACCCUGUCUUGUCCUCAUCGGAGUGAAAAAGUUGAGUGGAGAAUAAUAAAUGGCUGUUUUUUUUCUGGACCGCCACCCCAAUAUGGUGCCACUGGCCUGGGGCCCUGGUCAACCGGUUUUCCCACUCCUCCUCUGAGCCCAGACCCACAUACCUCAAUCUUGCCUGGGUGCAGCUAUAUGUAUAUAUGGAAUCUGUUCUCAUCAGAGAAAUAGAAGUCUGUUCUAGAACGUUCUGGAAUAGAAGUCUGUUCUGGAAUAGAAGCGAUACCAUUUCUAUGGUUCUCAUAAUGUCUCAUCUUGUGCUGCCCUGAACCCAUUUCCUUGUGCAAUGCGUUGGUAGCGCAUCAGUGGCCUCUUACUAACACUUCUGGAAGAGAGGGAGGGAUGUAGUUUAUCACCCUGCCAAAGAACAGUCAGUUGAGUACUCAUCUGUGGAUUGGACUGUUCUGAUUGGACUAUAUUGUUCCCUACUGUUCAAUGUAUCCUGCAAUCUACGGCUUUCAUUACUACUGGAGUCUUAACGUUUGGUUUGUAAACAUUGACAUUAUGAAUUUUUCACGUGUCCGUGGUGUUCUUUUAAAUGGAAUGGCCACCAGAAAUACAGAAGUUCCUUUCUGUAGAGGACGGUUAUGUGCAUGCGGCAAAAAGCCAUCUGAAAGCCAGCAGUAGCACCCAAAGCCAAAUGAGACAAGACACAGAGUUAACUUCUGAUCAGUUUAGCCUUGUAGGUCAGUGGGUAUUAAAGGGACAAUCUGCGAUUUGGUUAAUUAUUUUCUGACUUAAAUAAUGAUAUAAAAAAAAAUGUAUUAUAUAAUUUCAAACGGACCUGAGAGCUGUGUUAGAGAUGGUGAAUCUAGUCUUUUUAAGGGUUAAAUUUGAUCAAAAGUAAAUUAACUAACAGCGGGUGAGUUUCCUGGAAGUUCGGUAGCGCUAAGAUCGCGUCCAUUGGCGGCAACGUGUGAAUGAUGAUGUCAGUGUCGACAGACGGUACAAAGCUUUUGGGUAAAUCGCCCUCAUUGAAGGACGUAACAUAUCAUAUGAAAUGGAUGACGUAGUACCCAAUUGGAUGAGCACCACUUUCAAAAAAUACUGUCUGAAAAAAAUAUAUUAUUAUUAUUAUUAUUAUUUUCCCCCCCAGGGGCCACAUUCGGUCUUCAACGAAGUCUGGAGGGCCGCACUGGAAGUAGAUUUCCUACCUGUUAAAAUUAGCAAAAAGAUUGUCCUCAGACCAUCGUUUAGGGAAUUUCCGAUACUCCCAGACUGUCCAACUUUAAUUUCAGUGAUUUUUAAUAGUGCGCUGGACACAGUCGAGGGAACUGUAGGUCUAUUAUGAUUACUAUGUGACACCCCUGCUUUAAGGGGGGAGUGAAUAUCAGCAGACACUCGGCCCUCUGGGAACUGAGUCCCCUGGUAGACGGUGUAUAUACAUUCAAAGUAUUCCGAUCCAUUCAUCUGUCCACGUCUUGUUACAUCAGACUUAUUAUGAAAUUGUUUUUAUUCCCCUCAUCAAUCUACACACAAUACCCCGUAAUGACAAAGCUAAAAACAUUAUUUUUUAAAAAUGUUUU